AUGUCUGAAGACAUAAAGGAAGACGAUAUUGAAAAGGAAUCUCGUUCAGCAGACGAGUAUUCACUCAAUUUUAAAAAGAUGAGUUUAUUAGUGGAUAGAAAAACUAAUCCCGCUGUUAAUGAUGAUACAUUAUCUUCAGUUGGCGGUGAAAAGCGGAAAUUCAAGCUACCUCGUUUGGAACUGAAGAAAUUUGGCGGGGAAAUUAAAGAUUGGCUACCGUUUAGGGGACAAUUCCAAAAAAUUGAUGAAGACAACGAUAUCGAUGAAACCGACAAGUUUCAAUAUUUAGUCCAAGCAACUAUCCCGAAUUCCAGAACGAGGGGAUUAGUUGAAAAGAAACAUGUUGAAUUAUCAACUGUUUAUGAUCGACUUGAAACCCAGCUGAGAUCAUUAGAAACUCUUGGCGUUUCUACAGUGAAGUAUGCGGCCAUUUUGUUUCCCCUGUUUGAAUCUUGUUUAAGUGAAGAAGUUUUAAAAGCCUGGCGAAUAAAUGAUAGAGGAUUGGAUGGAAAAGAUGACGCGAAAGAAUCUCAAUUGGAAAGUUUGAUGAAAUUUUUGAAGAACGAAGUUGAAAAUGAGGACAGGAUAGCUCUUGCCAUGGAAGGCUUCUCUUUGAAAGAAAAUAACAAAAAUAUCAAGAUUAAAAGAGACUUGCCGACAGCUGCGGGAUUUUUUUCAGGAAACAAAAAAUCUGUUUUGAAGUGUGUAUUUUGUGACAAGAACAAUCAUGAAUCCAAAGAAUGUCAUGUUGUUCGAAAUUUGGAUUUAAAUGAGAAAAUGAACCGAUUGAAGAAAAGAGGUUGCUGUUUCAGAUGUCUAAGUAACGGUCACGUGUCAAAGCUAUGCAGGGUCCAAGUGAAUUGUGGAAUUUGUGGUAAAAGACAUCAUUCUGUGAUGUGCCCUGAUAGAAAGACCGUUGAGUCUUCUAACUCCCAAGAAGCAACGGAGAGUUCAAUCAAUUUUGGACAGUUCAAUACAUUGACCAAUCCCACAUGCUCUACAAGUGUGUUUCUACAAACCCUGGUCGUGGUCCUUCGGGGAGAAAUACAGGAUUUUGCUGUAAGAGCCCUCAUAGACACUGGAAGUCAGAAAUCUUAUAUUACGAAUCUUAUAUUGAUGACUGGAAAAUCUUAUAUUGAUGACUGGAAAAAUCCUCGAUUUAACUUGUGGAUUAACUGCCAUUGA